AAUGUGAAGUUGUUUUGAAGCUGUCUGGAAUUUGCGUAAUCGAGAUGUGGGCUUUAUUUUUGUUAUUUGUGAAGAAGUAAGCAUUUUGUUGAUUUGUUUUUUAUGUCUUACCAUGAUGCCAGGAGACAGCCAGUCCAAAACGGUGGCCAUCGCCGCGGACGCGACUAUUGGGAACUGUCAAAACUGCUCUGUUUUACACCAGAGCCUGAACGAGUAUGUGUCGUCUUUUCUGGCACUGAAACAGGAGAUUGCUGUCUCAGCGGAGAAAACCCAGCUUCAACAGCAGCUGGAAGAGCUGCAGAUCAAAUUGCUCCUUCUAGAAAAAAAGGCUGCAGACUAUGAAUUUGUGCAGGCUGAACUAGAGGAAAAGAAGGGUGCCCUUCAGGCUUACGAACAGAUGUCUGAAGAGAUCAAGACUCUGAAGCAGGAAAACAGCAAGAUGACAGCAGAGAACAAGAAGCUUGAAGACGAGCUUAAUAACGUUAAAGAAUUGACAGAAACACAGUCACUUGAAAAUGCACAGCUGACGAGGGAAAAGGCUGCAGUUGAAAAUGAUUUACUGAAAGCACAGACAUCUCUGAUGGAGUCUCAGGCACGAGCAGAUCAAGUUGUAAAACUGAUGGAGGAAAAGGCAGAAACAACUCUUAUAAAGGAAACCCUUGAAAGUAAAGUACAUGAAUUGGAAGAAUCAGUUUGCAUACAAAACCAACAAUUAUCCCAAAUCACUAAGGAGAAGAUGCUGCUGCAGAGAAAUGUUACUGACCUGCAGUCAAGACUGAUAAGACUGGAACGAGAGAGGAGUAAAGACUAUAGGAGCACAUCUUCUCAAGCAAGUGUACUAGAGGAGCCUAAAGUUGACAGAGAAAAGAUCCGCAUGCUGCUAGAGGAUUUGUGGGCCUGUGUAGAACCUCAGCAGCAAAACCCUGCAAACAGGUUGUACUUACCUGAGUCCUGUUCCCAGCAAGUUUUACCCUCCUCUCCUAAAAACAGACUUCGAUGUAACUUGAACAGCACAUCCCAAUCCCCUGACAAGAUCAGUGAAUCCUGCAGCUCUCCAGUGAGGACAAAACCCCAGUAUACACAGGUUCAACCUUCCCUUCAGUGUCAAAAUACCAUCAAGCAUCCAGCCUGUCGGCAGCCAACAAGGGCCAAGAAGAAAACAGACACACCCAGAAAGGGCAAGCAGAUGUCAGAGGAGCAGAAAACUGAAGAGUUCUCCACAAAGUUUGGCAGCUCCAACAUCUCUUUAGAGGAGGUUAUGUCUUUUUUCAAACCCAUUCUUCCCUGCUUGUCACCACUACCAGAUUUGGGCACAGAGAUGGACUCUAUGGAGACAGAUGAUGGAGAAAAACAAAACGACUCCAAAAAGUCUGAUGACGCUGUUCAUCUUGAAACAGUGGAAUCUUCACUCAACACAACAUCCGUCUCAGGCCUGUCGCCAAAGUCCUCUAUUGCACAAAUGGAGGACACUUUGGACUUGCCAACAGUCAUAACACAGAAGACAGAAUACAUUUCCAGUGAUAAUGCCUCUAAAGACUUGGGACAAAGUGGACUGAGAGUCAACACUGAAAUGGAGGAUAUAAUUUGUAUGAAUAAUGAAGAAACACAGCUUGAAGAAGACAUGCAAUCUUUGCAGGAGCCAGCAACUGAUCUGUUAAUAUCUGUAUCAGCCUCAUCUGCUUCCUUUGUGUCAGAAACAACUGUUUCAGCUGAAGUUGUGUCACAAAAUACUGAUAGGCAAAAGGUAUCCAGCAGUGAAACCCCCAACAGCAGAAGUUCCAAUAGUUUGUCUGAAAUGGAAAACGCAAAGGAUGAUAAGUCAGAGACUUUUAUAAAAAUGGACAUAGACUUAAACCUGAGUGGUGUCACUGGUGCCAGAACAGAAAAUUCUGAGAGUGGAGAGUUAACAGACAGAAAUGAUACAAUUUUAAUACCAAAGGAAGACGGAGAUAUUCAACGAGUUACUUCUCCUAUUGUUGCCUCAUUGUUUACAGAAAAUAUUCCAGAAACGGGAGAAGUUCAACAAGACUUUUUGGGUAGACAAGAAACCACAGUCCUCCAUCCCAAAGAGAAUAAAGAGUGCCUUGUUGAGGAGACAUGUUUGUCAAGCAGCCCUGUCUCUAAUAAAAAUGCUGAAGAGGGACUAGAAAAUGACGCAGCUGUCAAACUUCCAGUGGAGGAAGAUAAAAAUGAAGUGCAGGGAAAAAUGAAGGAAGGGGAUAAUGAAACCACAAAUGGGCAUAAUAAACUCCUGUCUCCUUGUACAUCUUCACUGUUGAGGUUGGAAUAUGGAAAGUACCAUCAUGAUAAGGAAUCUAGUUGUAAGAGUUCUACAACUCCUUCAAAAAAGGAUGCUAACUUGGACAUUUUGGACACUAAACUGGCAGAUCAUGUGCCUUCUUUUUCAGAUAACCAAGAGAUGGUGGUCAGUUGUAAAACUUUGAAAGAAAACACUCAUUCUGUAUGCAGGGCUUCAAAUCCUACAUGUUUGUUUCCCACUCUCAAAGUGCAAGCCUUGGGAACUCACCCAAAAACAGAACAAUUAGAUGUAGGUGUGAACAUUGAACCCAACUCAACAAACAAGAAAUCUUUACAGUCUGAGCCCAAUAAAGAGAAACAAAAAGUUAUUGAAAACGCUAACGCCAGAGACUUGCCUGAGGACAGCAUUGAUGGAAGUAACCAUGGAGUUAGGGAAUGUAAAUUGGGUGCUGCUGGUGCUCCUACCUCAUUAAAACAAAGUGCAAAUAGGCAAAGUAAAUGUUCAGAGUCAAAGGAGCAGAUUUGUCCAGUAGCAGGUUCAGACACAGAUCUACCACCUGAAUUCUUAGGCCAAGUUUUCACUGAAAUGGGGCCUCCCCUUCCUCCUGUCCUCACUCCUGUGAGCACACCUCCAAAGGCGGGAAAAUCAAUAAAUCCAAGGCAAGCCAUCGGGAAGCUCUCUUUCCCCUCACCCAUGGAUCAUUUAGCUUCACCUGGCACACCUGUUAAGGCCCAAUUGACACCCAAUAGUCAACAACAUACUUCCUCAUCUCUAAACAGUCCAGUCCGGCCAAGCGGUGUCCUCUCAUCGCCACUUCAGUUCGGCUCAGCCACUCCAAAACACGCCGUGCCGGUCCCAGGUCGCCUUCCCAGGACAGCAUUGAAUCCCUCCACUCCACCUUCCUCCAGUCCAUCCCAGGAGAACUCCAUGAGGAUCCUCGACACCAUGUACCCGGAUCUCUCAGCCAAUGCCCGCACUCUGAGCAUCCUCAGAGGGAACGUCGGCCUCACUAUGUCUUCUUCAGAAAGUGGAACAGCUACUGUGGGUCAGAUGUCUGGCUUUAAAACUAUCAACUCCACUUCAACUGCUUUCACCAAGACUGAGACAAGAGGAGAAAAACGACUGGCUAGCAGUUUGCCCCAGCCUAAGAACAGAAAAUGUCUCAGGCUGGAUGAUUGCUCUCCUGUCAGUCGAAAGCAGCUGCCUUCCUCAUCUUCAACCAGCGGAGACGACAUCACCUCACCACAGCCUCUAAAACGGCUCCACAUUGAGACACCUCCUCCAUCCAUUGAAAGUGGGGCACCUACAGAAACAAAUCUUAUAGAUAGCUUCUUAGAGAAAAUAGAAAAGCAAUGUUUUGAUCUGCUACCUGUGCUCCAGAGCCAUCUGUAUGUUGGCAGUCUGCCCAAGAAACCUGUUUUAAGAGACGAGGAGAGGGAGGUUAUCUCUGAGAUCUGCAGAAGCAGUUCGCUUAAGGUAGAAGAUCUGAUUUCAGCCAUCCUUAACAAACUAAAAACAGAGAAAAGAGAUCUCAGCCCACACUUCAUGCAGGCCCUGUGCAGAGUCCACACGGGGAUCUGUCGACAGAAGAGGGACUGGGAGAAGGCUCACAUCCUGGCCUACAGCAUACUCACAGAAGAUUUUCCAGAUGCUGCUAAGCUGAUUUUGUUCAUGGUGACUACAUGGCCCACUGUUCUCUCACACAGCAGUUCUCUGUGCCAGGCCAUACACACGGUCACUAAACUGAAGGCAGAAGAAAACCUCCUCAGCUGCCUCUCAGCCUUCCUCAGCUGGGAUAAGAGUCCUCCAUGUGACAUUGAUGAGCUGAUCUCAAGAACACUGUCUGAAGUUAAAUCUGGGUCGGGGCUGUCUUUCACCAAGCACAGCCGACACGGUGAAGACCUGGGGACGGAGGCCUGGGAACACAUCUUCACCCUGCAACUCCUUUGUGCACACAAGAAAUGGAAGUGGACCUAUGAGAAUGUGUUAAGAAAGGAGUUAUGGCCAUUAAUGAAUACUUGGGUGUUGCAGCCCAGAGAUCAACAAGCACCUGUCUCUGAUGUGACGGUCGCCAGUGUUCUUCGACUCAUAGGACGCCUCUGUCAACUGGGUAUCAAUGAGAGGAAUGAUACCUCUGUUGCUACUGUUGCUAAUGUCAUUUAUACAUUUGCAAGGCAAAGUAACCGUGAAGGUGUGCCAUGGGAGGUCGAGUUAGCAGCCAUCUACUGCAUCUACGACCUCUCUCUCAUCAGCCCCAAACAAGCCCUGGAUACUCUUGCAGGAUGGAGAGGGGACACGUCCCACAGCGUCCCUCCUGCUGUUAUGAGCUGCAUUAACCAGUUAGCCUCUGUCUGCAGGCAGAUCAAGAGCUGAGAAAGACAAAUGUGCAUGCAUGUCAGUCUACAUGUUUCAAAGACUAAAUGACUUCAAAUCUCACUAUGCAUGGAAGAUUAAAUUAAUGUGUUUACUUGUGAGCUACAAUUAAGCACAUUAAGGCUGCACAUAUCAUGAUCUGUUGUACUCAGGGUGUUUGGAGGUGUAGUAUGACUUUAAAAUUGAAAUGAAUCAUUAGACAACUUUGAAACAUCUUUUACAUGCACUUCAAAUGAUGGUACUGCUAUUUGUUUGUUUUUUUUUUGGGUAAAUACUCAAUUUUUAAUGUUUGAGAUAUUUAAAAUUAGUUUUUAACCAUCAGCGCACUGUAAUAGAUGCACGGUUAAAGUGCCUGCCUCUUUGUUAUACUCAGGUUGAUCUGUAAAAUAUUGUUUAAUAUGUAAAUGCCUGUUGUGCUGUAACUGGUGCUGUGUUGUAAAUGUUCUUUCAAGAAAUUGUGAAUAGUAUGUAAUAAAAAAA